UCUUCAAACAGAACAGAAGUCAUUUUCUGUUAAUUUUCACAUUUUUCUUUUCCCCCAAAAAAAAAAAAUGAAGAAAACCUCACUCUUUCUGUGGCCGGAUAUUUCUCCGGCGAUAUCUCCGGCGAAGGUAAUUUGAGUAGAAGGAAGCUUUGGAGUGUGUGUAUGGUUUUGCAUGGCUGGAGCUCGAUCUUUAUCUAUGGCUUCUGUGAGUAAAACGGCGUCCUAAGGUGUACAGUUGGUUCCUUUGGGAUAAUAGUUCGAGCUUUUGAGUGUGAAUCACACUCCUCUGAAGAGGGGAAGCGAGUCAAGUGAGUUGGUUUGUUCGACUCAGUGAGUCUGUGAAUUGGAUAGCAGCGAAAAUGUCUUUCCAGCACAAAAGCUUUUGGAUGUCAAGAGAAGCAGGGUGUCUAACUGAUGGAGAGAUAGGUUAUGAUAGUUCCACAAGAAUUGAACCAAAGCGUGGACAUCAGUGGUUUAUGGAUACCAGUGGACCAGAAUUAUUCAGCAACAAAAAGCAAGCAAUUGAAGCUGUUGGUAAUAGGCCAGUUUUGGGAACUUCUCACAUGAACAUUUCUCCAUGGCAUAAUGCUUCCAGUUUUCAAUCAGUUUCAGGGCAAUUCAGUGACCGCCUGUUUGGGUCUGAGGCUGUGCGGACCGGCAAUAUGGUUGAAAGAAAUGUUCCUUCUGCUGCUGGUGGAAAUAUGAACAUAAAUAUGGGAAGAAAGGAUUUCAAUGAUCAAUAUGGUAGCAAUUCCUCUAUGGGUUUAUCUAUGUCUCAUUCCAUUGAGGAUCCCUCGGGAUGUUUCAGUUUUGGUGGAAUCAGAAAAGUUAAAAUCAAUCAAGUUAGGGACUCCAGCAAUGACAUUUCUGCAUCCAUGGGGCACUCCUAUAGUCAAGGAGAAAACAAUGAAAUUUCAAUAGGCACUACCUAUAGUAAGCAUGAAAGCAAUGCCAUAUCUUUGGGUCCAACUUAUAAUAAUGGGGAGGCGAAUACCAUUUCAGUUGGUGCCGACUUCAGCAAGGCAGAUGGCAAUUUCAUUUCAAUGGGCCAAACCUUCAACAAGGGGGGUGAAAAUUUCAUAUCGAUGAGACACAAUUAUAACAAGGGAGAUGACAAUAUCUUAUCAAUGGGUCAGACCUUUGACAAGGGGGACGCCAACUUUAUCACAAUGGGUCAAUCAUAUGAAAAGGAAGAUAGCAAUGUCAUAUCAAUGGCUCAUUCCUUUAGCAAGGGUCAUGAAAAUUUCAUUUCAAUGGGAUCCACCUAUGAUAAAGCAAAUGAGAAUUUCAUUUCUAUGGGUCCCACUCCCUCCUAUAGCAAGGGAGAUGAUAGUAUCAUAUCCAUUGGUUCCAGCUAUGACAAGGCAGAUUCCAUCAUAACUUCCAUCUGUUCUGCCCAGGACAAAGAAGAUUCCAAUAUUCUAUCCAUGGAUCACAACUUUAACAAAGGUGAGAACAAUACCAUAUCUUUUGGAGGCUUUCAUGAUGAACCAGAUGCAAAUCCUUCUGGCACUAUUAUUAGUGGAUAUGAUGUGUUAAUGGGUAAUCAGAACUCAGCUCAAACUUCAGGAGUACCUGCCCCAAAAGAUAUUGUUCAGUCAAAUGCAAAUCCAACUGUAAAUAAUGCCCCAAAAGCUAAUUCAAAAUUUGAUAUGGCCCCCAAGAGCAAAGAUGCCAAGACGUCUAAGAAGGUUCCUCCAAACAACUUCCCUUCAAAUGUCAAAAGUUUGUCAUCGACUGGCAUGCUCGAUGGGGUUCCAGUUAAAUAUGUUUCAUGGUCAAGGGAGAAAAAUCUUAAAGGAAUUAUAAAGGGGACUGGGUAUUUAUGUGGUUGCCAGGAGUGCAACUUCUCGAAGGCUCUGAAUGCUUAUGAAUUUGAGCGUCAUGCUAGCUGCAAGACCAAGCACCCCAACAAUCAUAUUUACUUUGAGAAUGGGAAGACCAUUUAUGCAGUUGUUCAGGAGCUGAAGAACACUCCUCAGGAGAUGCUGUUUGAUGCAAUCCAAAAUAUGACUGGGUCUCCUAUUAAUCAGAAGAAUUUUCGUAGCUGGAAAGCAUCAUAUCAAGCUGCCACCCGUGAACUUCAGCGUAUCUAUGGAAAGGAUGAAGUUGCCAUGCCAUCUUGAGAUGAAGAUCCUAACCCUGGAAUAUGUGGCCGUGUGUUCUGUGCAUAGCAGCAUAUAUAUUUGGUAAAUUAUCGACUUGCUUUGGGAUUUUAAUAAUUUUGAGGAGACAAUGUUUAUUAGAUUUGUAUAUUUUUCUUAAAAAAAAAUCUAAAAUUUAAUUUCGGAGAAUUAAAAAAAAUUAGAGUUAACUAUCAUAUAUGUGUGUAAUUGGCACUAGAGGUGCCAUCUCCAUUUUAGCUGAGGUGAAAGUGUUUUGAUGGAAGUCAUGCAACAAGCCCCUUUGGGGAGCAUUACUGAUCCUCUAUUCACUAACCUGACGAUACUGAGUUUACUUGAAAGAGAAAGAUGAACUAUUCUCUUUGAUAGAUUGAAUGAAAUUCGCGACAAUUUCUGCGACA